AUGCGAGCUACUCUUAUUCACUUUACAUCAUUGCUUCGACGUCGGUUGAUAUAUUUAAUCUUCAUUAUUCUAUAUUUAGCUGCUCGAAGAGUAGAAUCGCCAGCCAAUCAUUCAUUAACUGAAGUUGAAACAGAAAAAAAUUGGCUUAAUCUUCGGUAUCAUGCAGAUGGCCAAAUUAAAAAGCCUGAUGAAUUUGAAAAUGAAAUGGAAAAUCCACCUAAUCUAAUCGAUGAAAAACUACUGGAUAGAACCUCUGGUUCAUUGAUUGGAAUGGCUUUGGGUGAUGCUCUUGGAGCACAUGUUGAGUUUCGUCCUCAUGCACAUUUACUUGCACACCCAGUCAAAGAUCUGGAAGGAGGUGGUACAUGGGGUCUUAAAAAAGGACAAUUCACAGAUGACACAUCAAUGGCUCUUUGUUUGGCUAAUUCAUUGGUAGUUCGUCGUGAUUUUAUACCUUAUGAUCAAUUAGUUCGUUACAAAUGGUGGUUUGAGCAUGGAUAUAUGUCAUCUACAGGACAUUGUUUUGAUAUUGGUGCAGCUACUUCUCAAUCACUACAAGAAUUUAUUCAUCGCCAAACAGUGUUUGCCGAACGUUAUCGUAUCCCUCUUAAAAAACUAGAUUACCUUUCAGAUCCAAGUCUUCUUCAAGAGUUUCCAGUUUAUUGCAGUAAGUCUGGUGUCGCUGGUAAUGGAGCUCUUAUGCGUCUUGCACCUGUUCCACUUUUUUUCUAUAAACAUCCACAAGAAGCUACAGAAUUCUCUGGCUACAGUGGACAAAUUACACAUGGUGAUAACAAAGCAUACGAUGCAUGUCGAUAUUAUGGAGCUUUGAUUUGUGCCACACUUAAUGACUAUACGAAAGAACAAUUGCUUGAUCAAAAUUUUUACAAAAAACAUAAAUCAUGGUUCGGUAAUAAACCACUUUGUGAAGAAAUAAAACAGAUUGCCGAAGGAUCUUAUAAGAAAAAAGGUGGAUAUCAAGAUGGAAUUCGUGGCAAAGGUUAUAUAGUCAAUGCUCUUGAAGCUGCUCUAUGGGCAUUUUGGUCUGAUAAUAAUUCUUUUGAGCAGGGUGUACUUGCUGCUGUCAAUCUUGGUGAUGAUACUGAUACAACAGCUGCCAUUUAUGGUCAAUUAGCUGGUGCAUACUAUGGAUAUAAAAAACUUCCGAAAAAAUGGGUAAAUCAAGUGUAUGCUAAUAAAUUUAUUUUAAAUUUGAGUAAAUGGAUAGUAUAUGAAGGAGAAAACUGGAAACAAACGAACGUAAUUCUUCCAUCUCAUCCACCUUCAGUUGAUUUGUCUGCAUCGAAUGAAUCUGAAACAUUUUUUGCUCAGCAUCAGCCUAGAUCAAGAUCAAUGUUGUUAUCGGAACAAAAUGGAAGAAAGUGGAAUGAUUCAGAUGGUAAUCAAAAUUUAUCUGAUAGUGGAAACAUCGCUUCAUCGGAGUUAAUCAAUCAAUCUUCAACGCUGAAUAGCAAUCCAAGUACAACAUACACAGAAACAAGUCAAAACACUGCCAAUGUUGCUCCGACUUCGGAAGAGAGGUCACAGUUAUGA